AUGGCAGACAAAGGCGGCGCAUACGGCACUAAAGCCGCAGAUACUGAUUUCCGGAAGAAAUGGGACAAGGAAGAGUAUGCUGAACGUGCCAAAAAGAAAGACCAAGAAGAAAGGGAACGCAUGCAGGAGAAUGAAGAGCGCAUGAAAAAGGGUAAACGUCCUCUAAAAGGUCGAAAAGAUGACUUGCCCAAACCUACUCAACUGAUGCAACAAAGAGAGGCUCCGUUAGAGCUUGACAAAAACCUUGGCAAGACCAUGGUCGUCCAAAAUCCUGGUGGAAAGGGACCGGGGCAGCCUGGAUUCUACUGUGAAACGUGUAACAGGACUUACAAAGACAGUGUUGGCUAUCUUGAUCACAUAAAUAGUAGAGCGCAUCUACGCGCCUUGGGUCAGACGACAAAAAUAGAACGGUCGACUCUAGCACAGGUUCAAGCACGAAUAGCGUAUCUCAGAGAAAAAACCAAAGAGGCUGCAUCAGCUAAAGCAUUCGACUUCGACCAACGUCUGGCAGAAGUUAGGGAAAAGGAACGCGAAAUACGAGAGAAUAAGAAGGCCGAGAGAAAGGCUGAGAAAGAGAAAGCCCGCCUGGCUAUGAUUCAAGAUGAUGGCGAUUCUGAAAUGGCUGCUCUCAUGGGUUUUGGUGGUUUUGGUUCAACGAAGAAGUAG